GCAAAGGGGGAGCAGAUCUGCUCAGUAUCUAAAGAUGAAAGACAUUGUUGAAGUCACCAUCUGUCUUAUUACAGUUUUAGGUUCUGUGAAGUCAGAUGAAGGAUUUCUAGUAAAUGGGAUUGAAGGUGAAAAUGUAAAGAUUGAUUGCACAUAUAAACCUGAGUAUGUGGAGAAUAAAAAGUACCUGUGUCAUGGUUCCUGGCCAUCAUGCAGUGAUGUAAUCAGAAGUGGCGAGUCUGAGACCCUCGUUACUGAGGGGAGAUUCUCUCUGUACGAUAACCGGCCAGCGAGAGUCUUCACUGUGUCCAUCACAGAGCUGACACUAGAAGAUGCCGGGACAUAUUACUGUGGAGUUGAUAUAAAUUGGUCUAAAGACAAAUACACUAAAGUGGAAGUGACUGUCAAUAAAGCUCCGAAACCACCCCCCACCACAACUCGUGCCACACGCUCAAGUACCACCCCUUCCACCACUACUGUGAAGGGGAACACAGACAAUGGACAAACAAGGGAUUGUACAUCCAGCAGCCCUGCAGCUGACACACACUCAGAAGCAACAGCCAAGACUGCAACUGAGGAGAAAAUCACUGAAAAGGCUCCAGUCAAAACAGCUUACACGCACUCAGAAACAACACAUUCUUCUGCCACUGGGAAGAAAACCACUGAAAAGGCAACGGAACAAGCAGGUUUGGAAGUGAUCAUUGGUGGAGCACUUGGGGCGAUGCUGUUUGUCUUUUUGAUGACUAUAAUGAUAUACUGCUUUACAAAAAAGAAGAAGAACAACAAAUCUGUGGAUAAGAGCGCCACUACUAAGAAUCCAGCCAGUGCUGUAGUACUGGGCACUAUUACCAACACUGUGUACUCUGAAGUAAUGAAUCCAGUGCACAGUGUUACACCUAACACUGUGUACUCUGAAGUAAUGAAGCCAGUGCACAGUGUUACACCUAACUCUGUGUAUUCUGAAGUUAUGAAGCCAGUGCAAGGUGUUACUCCUAACUCUGUGUAUUCUGAAGUUAUGAAGCCAGUGCACAGUGUUACUCCUAACUCUGUGUACUCGGAAGCAGCGGAUGUUACUCAAGCCAAUGACAUUGUGUACUCUGAAGUAAUGAAAGUGACCCCAGACAGUGAUGUGGAGACCGUCUACUCCAAUGCGGGGUUUGAGGGCAAACACGACGCUAAGGAAUCGGUCGUGUAUUCUGUGAUCGAGCCUCAAGCGCAUUGAGAUGUGACCUUUGACCUGAGAAGGUGCCGCUCUGGUCCAUGACUGAACUCCUUUCCCAGCUGUUGGGUUCAUGAUGUAAAGAAAUCUCAUUUUUGUUAACGUAGGCUUCCAAGAAUGUCUGAAUUGUUUUAUUCUAAUAACCAGGAAACUGGGGCUGUUAUUCAUGUAUUUAUUAAUAUAUAAUAAUACUCUGUUGCAGUAUAUUUUGAUGGCUCAUUAUUAUUAUUAUUUAUUUCUUAGCAGACACCCUUAUCCAGGGCAACUUACAAUUGUUACAAGAUAUCACAUUAUACAUUAUUUCACAUUAUACAGAUGUCACAUUAUUUUACAUACAAUUCCCCAUUUAUACAGUUGGGUUUUUACUGGAGCAAUCUAAGUAAAGUACCUUGCUCAAGGGUACAACAGCAGUGUCCCCCCACUGGGGAUUGAACCCACAACCCUUCGGUCAAGAGUCCAGAGCCCUAACCACUACUCCACACUGCUGCCCCGUAAGUAAGACCUACAAAGUAAGACCCAAGCACCAGUGUUUUAUAAAAACUGUUUUAGGGUACAACUUUAUUUCAGGCAGUUGGGGGAGCCCCCCCUGCUCCACCCUUUUUUUCCCUCUGGACACUAUUCCUUAAAUGCUCUUUACUUGCUCUUUUCUGCCCCCUAUUUUACUGCAUUUAAUCCUGUACUUUAGAGAACUGUAAUCUGCCAAGUGUUUAAUCUGUAGUAUUUUGUAUUUAAUUGUAUCCUGAUGUAACUAUCACUGACACUGUUAUCUGCUCCGUUAUUGAAUCAUAUUUUGUCAUACUUGUACUUGCUCUUAAUUGUAUUAUUAUUACUGUGAUUCUUGAAAUGUAUUUUUGUGUAUGACUGUAAGUCGCCCUGGAUAAGGGCAUCUGCUAAGAAAUAAAUAAUAAUAAUAAUAAUAAUUCUGGGGACCUCUUUGUUUUUAGGCUAUGUUGGCUUUUACUGGCUACAUUGUAUCUCAGGUAUGUCUCUGAUUAAAAUAAUGAAUAUAAUUUUUUAAAUACAAAAAUAGCAUAAUACGGUAUAGUAUUGUGUUAAAAAAAAAGGUUUGACCCCAAACAAUAAUAAAGAGAGAUAAUAUAAACACACACUGUCAACAUCCCGUGUCUCUAUGUACGUGAUGCCACCCCCGCAGUGAAGUCAACUCUAUUGUCUUAAUAAAAAGUGUGCGCUGUGUAGCUAUGCCUCUGAAACGAAAAUCAUUUUAUGUUGCAACAAAGCUGGAAACUAUAUUGAUCGUUUGAAACAAUUAGUAACGCAGGCA